AUGGACAAGGCCCGCGAGAAGAUCAACGCAUACCGUGCCGAGGCUGAGGCCGCCAACGAGCGCGCCGAGGCGGCCGACCAGCAGCUGAAGCUAGUUCUUGCCCAGCAGACCGAGCGCGAGCAGGAACUAAUUUCGCUCCAGAACCGCGUCCAGCUGCUCGAGGAGGAGGCCGAUAAGCGGGAUGCCCAGCUUGCCGAGGCCAAGCAGAUCCAGCAGGACAACGCUGCCACGCUCAACCAGAGCGACAUUGUGCUGAAGAACGCCAACACUCAGGAGGAGAGGAUUGACAACCUUGAGAUUCAGCUGCGCGAGGCCAUAAAAAACACCCAGGAGCUCGACCUUCUUAACGAGGGCCUGCAGCGCAAGCUCACCCAGAAGGAGAAGGACGUGGAGACCGCCGAGACCGAGUACGAGACGCUGAAGGAGACUUACACUGCCCUCAAGAACGAGUUCGAGGAGGCCAUGAGGUCGCUGGACGAGAUGUAA